GUUUGCCUGCCCUGUAGUCAGGGUUCCAGCUUGAAGAGUAGUUUCAUUUCCUUCUGGCUCAGGGAUUAGUUUCCAGGCACCUCCUUGGACGCCCGUGGCCUGGAAAAGGGGCGCAGACGGAGGCGGGAGGCUCGUCCAGGGGCUGUCCGCCCCGCAGCGAGGGUUUGAUGGACCGGACCGCCCCGGGCAGCGGCGCCAGCUCCCUGCCGCUGCUCCUGGCCCUGGGUCUGGUGAUCCUCCACUGUGUUGUGGCAGAUGUGAAUUCAACCAGAAGUCCUGCAAAUGAUGGCCAUCUCUGUGGAGAUGCCAGAGAAGACUGUACAGCUGCCACCACACAAUCAAAGUGGAAUGACUACUUCUCUCCAUGCCCCAAGAAAUACGAGCAUUACUGCAUCAAUGGGAAAUGCCGCUUCGUGGGGGCCCUGCAGAAACCCUCCUGCCUCUGUGACGAAGGCUAUGCUGGGGCAAGAUGUGAGCGAGUUGACUUUUUUUACCUAAGAGGAGACACGGGACAGAUUUUGGUGAUUUGUUUGACAGCAGUUAUGGUGACAUUGAUCAUUCUGGUGGUUAGUGUCUGCACAUGCUGUCAUCCUCUUCGAAGGAAAAAGAAAGAAGAUAUGACAAAUGUUGGUAAAGAUAUAACUCCUGUAAAUGAAGAUAUUCAAGAGACUAGUAUUGUUUGAUGUCUGUGAAGGUACCUCCAGGCUGGAGGCAAGUUGCAAAACGCCUUGCUCAAUUGAAAAUGGACAGAAUGUGUCUCAGGAAAACAGCUAACAAAAAGAAUCUUAAUAAUGUAUUUACCUUUGUUUGUAACAGUUUGUUGUUUUCUAUUGUUUUUAUAAUAAUAAUAAAUUUUAUUAUUGUUUAGUAAUUGGGAGAAAAGCACCCAGUUGAGAAGGGAAAUAUUAAUAAACUUCCACUUCAGUUUGUCACCAAGAAUACUAGUUAAAGAAAACAGAAAAGUAGGAAGGGCUUUAGAUCUUAGAAAUUGCAUUAAUAAUACAUCUACCAUUUAUCCAACACUUACCAUGUGCUGACAGUUUGAAAUAUAUUAUGUCCUUUAGUCCUUGCAAGAACCUCUGAGAUAUCUAUCAUGAUCCUUAUUUCCCAUAUAUGGAAACAGACCUAAAGAAGUUAAAAAAUCUAACCCAGAUUUUCAGAGUUCGGAAUUGGUAGCACUGAAACUGGAACCAAGAUUUACCCAAUUCAACAUAUGUGCUCUGAACCAUUAUUUUUGUUCAUCAGAGUUGGUGCAACCUAACUCACUAAGAUAAGCCAACACUUCUUACUGAACUGUGUUUUGCUAUGACUCUGAGAUACUGGGGCCAUUUUCCUGAUUAUAUGUUGCUGUUCCCACCAUGUUUACUGUGGCAUUGACUUUUAUUAUGUUCCUUUGCUCCUUUAUAAAUGCUCAGAGACAUGAAUAAAUUCUUACGUUAGUAAAGCAAACAGAUUUACCCCCUAGACAGGGCAAUGAAUAUAGAUAUGGGAAGGGAUGCCUGACAGUCUUUAAGCCCCAGGUAAGUGUUUAUGCUCAGUAAAGUAUCAACAGUAGCACUGGAAGAUGCAGUUGACCCCAAGAUAAUGGUCAGUGACAGCAUAGCAGAGACUGGUUAUGACUACAUCCUCAUUUUUGUCCUAAUAAGUGGUACAUGUGAAUGCUCUCAGGUGAACAUUGUUGCAAUGAAACAUGUCUAUACAUCUAUUACUUGAGACCAUCUUCCCAAAUGCUCCUUUAACUCCCUGGUCUAUUUAAUAAGAAAAAGCAAAAUCUGCAUUUAGCCAGUAUUCCAUCAAAUAUGGAACUUUCUACAUUGACAGGCUAGAUCUUUUCCAAAGACAGAGGGAGGAUGUCCCCCAAUUGCUGCACUUUGGCUGCUGUACCUGUCAGCCAAGUAGCUUCUUUUCCAGAAUCUUUGUAAAUUUUACCUUACAGUGUAGACUCCAUACACAAAGUGAAGUGGAGAAUUCAGACAAAUGGUAAUGUUUUAUCACCUUCUAUCACAUCAUGAUAUGAGAGACUGAGGCUGUGCUUCUAUGUAACACAGAUCUAGCUCCAACAUCAAUGAGAGCUAAGUCAAACAACUGAUAACUUUCUGAAUCUAUUUCUUCUCUUGAUUUAAUAGACCUUCUUACAAGUGGUUCAUGUUGUACAUUUUUCAUUUUCAAGUCUUCUUCUGUACGCAUUGCAUGCCCUUUCUCUUUCUCAGUCUUCUUUGACACUAAGAACACUUGAAACAAAUACUUGUUUGAGCAUUUAAAAACCAAAACCAAGGUGUAAAUGUUUCUUCUUUCCUGACCUGAUGUUGUUUGACCAAUGGGCUUUCUCAAGACAAUUCAGACUGGGGAAUUUUGUUUGGAUCCUAGUAUGUUAAUGGUGUCUUUCAAAAAUUGGUAGAUCUGAUGUCAAGAAAGAACUCUGAGGAUUUUUAUGUCUUUUCAAAAUGUGUUCAUAAUUGUUUUGCAUAUAUUAAAUGACUUGAAUA